AUGUCUUUGCUUGUUUUGCCGGGUUUUUCACAUCACUUCGACAGUAUUUCUGUCAUUUUGCGACGCCCGGCUUAUAACAAGUGGAGGAAGAUCCAAGAAUCCCACCUGAGUUACACAGACAGACAACUUGGUAGAACCACUGACCUACCGCAAGCCAGCCGGUGGCUUCCUCACAUAAGGAUAUUCACUCCUUUUGGGAUUCACACCCACAGCAGUGAGGGGCUAGAGAUUAUGAGUCAGAAUGAUGAGAUGCAGGAGAGGUCUCCAAGUGAUGAUUCCCAGCAAGGGUACCAGUCGCCAAAUGCUGUAACAUCCAAUACUGACAGACAGCUCAGGCUGAGGCAGAAUGAUAAGCUGCAGUUGAGGUCGCCCAUUAAACAUUGCCAGCAAUGGUACCAUAUCAACACACAGCUCAAUUGGCCAAAUGAUGAAAUGGUGAGGUCGUCCAGUGGUGAUGAAUGUGAUGAUGGUCAGCUAGGGUACCAGUCGUUGGUAGUUCUACAACCCCACCCCGACAUACAUCAAAGUGAUUUUAUCGUGAAGCCAACCCUCAGCCAGCGUAUUCAUUAUGUGGUAUACGUGAUGGACGCUACUACAGUGGAGGACAUGUCCGCCAACAUGGCAGACAAACUCAGCAGGCUCAGAAAGCUCGGAAACCAGAAAGAAAUUCCACAAGCUGUCCUUUUGACCAAAAUCGAUCUUGUUGAUACGGUAGUGGCGGGAAAUCCCUCGAGCGUGUUUACAAACGGCAACGUGGAGAACAAGGUGCGAGCUGCUUCUGAACUAUUCGGUCUACCCAGAAACCACGUACUUCCCGUCAAGAAUUACGAGGAUGAGAUGAUGCUAGAAGAUGGCGUCAACAUUCUGGCUCUGUUGGCCCUCCGCCAGGUGCUGUACUUCGCCGAGGACUUCCUGGAGUCGUGUCACGUGUCUGAUGAGGGCCGGAAGGCGAUAGGGAGCGAUACCGAGAACGCUUCAGAGGCCUUCUGA